GCACUGAAUAAUAACCCACCUCUGUGUUAUUGCGCUCGUUUAUUCAGCACGAGAUAUACAUUAACCAAAGCUGCAGUGAGCCCGGGCCGCCUGGGGAUGCCCGUUCCUGGGGACCCAAAUGGGGGAUCACCUCAUUCUCAUCACACGAGGACAGCACGAGCGCUUGACAGACAGACACUUGUGAUUUCAGGAGCGCUGCACGUCACAGCCUGCGCUCCUCACUGGGCGCCGGGAGAGUGGGUGUGUUUAACGGGGCACUUCAUUCAUAAAUACAAACAGUUUUAAAAGCCCGAAUCCCGCAGAAGAUCCGGGAAUCGUUUGCGAGCGUUUCGUCUCAUGGACCUCGUGAAUUACAGUUAGGGGGGACACUCUCUCUGGCUUGGACCAUGAGCAAUGAGUCUGCCAUAUGGACACACCAGAACAGAACUUACCCCACCGACGUCCCGCUCUUAUCAGGGACACAGAAUGGCUAUGUCCUCCUGCUGGUCCUCUUGUCCAUCUUUGUCGGGGGGACGCUGGUCCUGCUCUCUGUCCUUCUGAUUGUCUGUCGCCGCAGUUGUGAAGGGGACAGACGCCAUGCAUGGUUCAUUGUUUGCCUCAGGGCUAGUGAUGACACAGAGAAAAGUAAUACCACCUAUGUGGAGGAGGCCCAGCCAGUGCAUGAGAUUACGAUUCGCGUCGAUGAGUCAGAUUGCCUGUCGGCAGCCAGCUCCCACGACAUGGAGACAGAGCGUUUCCUCUCCACGGGCACAACCGGCCGCCGGGUCUCCUUCAACGAAGCAGCGCUCUUCGAUCACAGCAAGAAAACACAGGAGAAAGGUCGAAGGUACACGCUUACGGAGGGCGACUUCCAUCACUUGAAGAACGCGCGGCUCACCCACCUCCACCUCCCUGCACCCGCCCUCCAGAUACUCACCAUCCACGAGUGUGAGUCAUCAGAGAACAGUAUUGCCAUGACAACGUGCCCCGUCGCUAAAUCCAGCCUCUCAAUUUUUCAGCCACCAGUGUGUUCACUGCCCCAUACUGGUCUCAGUCCCAGCUCUACCCUUCCUGGCGACACUCUCAAUUCCACUGUGGACACGACGUUCUGUGAGAGUAUCACAGCGGCCAGUCCUGAGCCGUCCAGCCCGUGUUUAAUGGAGGUCAGAGGAGGAGUUGGGAGGAGCACAGGCAUCAUGGGUAAUGGUAGAGAGGGUGCGUCGGCCUCCUCCACGGCCCUGUCCUCCUCUGGCGGGGCCCCGCAGGGCCCCAUGCUGCAGUUCUUCACCAAGCUCCGCCGACACGCCAGCCUGGAGGGAGCGAGUCCCUACUUCAAGAUCAAGAAGUGGAAGUUCGACAGCAGCCAGAGAGCUUCAAGUCUAGACAUGAGAGGUUCCCCCAAGAGGAGGCAGUUCCAGCGGCAGCGUGCAGCCAGCGAGAGCAUGGACCAGGAGGAGCAUGACUCCCAUCAUAUCGACCUCAUCCAGUACAUCGCUCGCACCAAGGAUGUCACCUACUGCCCCACCCGGCCCAGUCCACGUCUUCUAUCCCCCCCUUCCACACCCCCACCCUCACUCGGCAGGUUAGAGGUGGAGGUGAUGGUGGAGCCCAGCUGCAGCAGAGCGACGGGUACCGGGGUGAUCGGCCUCACCUCUGAGCCCCCGGAUGAGAGUCUUGGAAUGGGCUUUCAUCAGGAGAGUUUAGAACCUCAGACCUUGUACCGUGAUAUCUGGACUCUUCGCGCCUCCCUCGAGCGGUAUGUCUCAUCCGACCAGAGCAGCAACAAUGACAAAGACUCUAUCCGUAGUGACGCAGACAGUGUGUGCUCUUUAGGGGGUAAGACUGAGAUGGGAGGGCUGCCUAGGUACCCCUCACAGGAUAUCGGGGAUGAGAUGGAGGGGAAUGCAGACUUGCCUCUAGAUGAAGGACUGGAGAAAGGUCGCAAACAGGAUAGUGUCGAUUCUGAAAGGGGAAGUGAUGGGGAGCCAGGAAGCCGCAAGUUGCUCCAAAUGGACAGUGGUUACACCUCGAUAGAAGCACCUUCGCGUGCUCCUGAGGAUUUGCGACUGUUUGGUAGCAGCAGUAGCAGUAAGGAUGGCUCCGCCGUGGAGCGCAGGCACUUCUUCAGUUCCGGUCACAAAGGGACCGUUUGCGAGAGUUUCGACACGGACAUCUUCGACGAAGAACUCGAAGAGGAACCUGCUGGUGCCAGCGGCGGUGUGGACGGAGUGGAAACGGACGAAAGCACCAUGCUCUGGUCCCCCUACAGCCAGAUGUUCACUCAACGUGACGCUCAACCUCAUCCCCCCGUCCUUUCCCGCCGCGACUACAGCAUCGAUGAGAAAACCGAAGCACUCUUCCAUGAGUUCUUGCGGCACGACCCGCAGUUCGAUCAGCAGGAGUCUCCACUGCGCUCCAAGCAUCGUUCUCGCGUUCACCUGCGCAAGCAGUGGCAGCGCUCCAAACAGUACAGCGACCCCGGCCAGCGCUUCCAGUCCUCUUUUGACCGGUACCGCACUCCACUUCGACGCGGCGAAACUGUCAACUAUCCUCUAGAGACUAGCUACCACAGCACACUCCCACGAAUCAUUAGUGCACCUGAUGAAGAGAGCAGCGAAGGUGCAACCAGUACUCCCGAGACACCCAAGGCAGAUCGGGAGACUGCUACUGAAGUGGAUCCCAACAUGAUAAGAAUAUCUUCCAGCACAGAAAGCAGCGGAACCAUCAACGAAAAGGAAGUCCUUGAGGCUUCGCAGCCCCCUCCAAUGACUGACAUUGCUGGAGAGCAAUCGGUGGGCCAGGAGAACUCUAGGCAAAUGUUACCACCGCCUGAGCCUCCUGAUGAAUGUACACCCGAAUGUACAAGCUAUGGCCCACAGACAAUCACAGAAGAGCUGAGCGACAAGCUAGCGGCUACUCUCGAAGAGCGGCUAUACUCAGAUCUCCGCAGGACCAGAGAACCACCCGAGUGUAGUGCAGUGACUGUGACUUACACAUCGCCCAAUCACAGUCCAGUGUAGCAUGUGGCUCCCUUCAUCUCCUCAUACAAGAACACUUCGUGGCAACUACAGGUCCAAAGUUUUGAUCGACAUUGGCUCCGAUCUGGAAGAGGUUUGCUUUGGUCAUUUAAAUGGCAUUGAAAUCAUUGUCAUUAUGUCCUAGACCAGUGGUGUAGAGACAUUUCUUCCAUGGUCAUUGUUAAAUAAAUGGCAGUUAAGGCUCAUACCUCAUGUUGCUCAACGCACCAAGUCUUUAACAAAUGAAAUCUCAAAGUCUGUUAUUAAAGCGCUCCAUUUAGCUACUUGUUGACUUCUAAAGCCAAUGUUUUCUCUGCACUAGGUAAUCCACUGUGAAAUUGGGUGCUAUUAGAUUAAAGAUUGAUUAUAUUUGUUAUUGCAUUAAUUAUAUUGCAGUGCUGCCUAUCCGAAUGUCUGUUCAUGACCCAAAUUUAUUUAUAAUUUUUUACUUGUUUUUAAAUGUACCAGCUAGUCCUCCCUUCAGUUUUGGUUUCUGAAGUUGUAAAAUACUCAAUAAUAUUUAUUAUUAGCAUCUGGGUUUUUGUUGUGUAGCUUCACCUGCUUUUAGAUUUAAUAAAUCAAAUUUUAGGAAAAAAAUUAAUAAAUUCUAUAAAAUAUAAUAAUAAUUGGGAUAAACUGUAGAAAUUUCCUUUUAUGGGUAGACAUGUCUAAAUAUGUCAAAUAACCUGUAUUUCAAAAACAACAGCAUAUCUGAAACACCAUGGCAUUGGUCGUGUUCCUAAGCAAGCUUAAGUCUUUCCCAUUUUAACUUCACAGUGUUUGUAAAUUGGGUUAAAUACGAUGGGAUUGGAACGACUAAAUCAAUGGGCAUGCUAGCUUGUUCCCCACCGAUACGUUUGCAAUCCAUUAUAAAGUGUCCUUUUCCUUUAAUAAUGUUAUUUUAUCAUUGAAGUACUGAAUGUCUGAAACUGCCUCUUAGUGAGAUACUAUAAUUUUAUGACCAGUGAAUUAUAAUUACUGUGCUUUUCAUCUUUUAAUUGUAUCAUUUGUUUGUUCUGUAUUGUUGAUCAUAUCUGUGAGAAUGAAAAAAAGACUGAAUGAAUUUCGAGUAUAUAGUGCCAAAUUCUUGUCAGGUAAUACCAAAAUUAAACAAACAAACAAACAAACAAACAACAACAACUACAACAACAAAACACUGCAAGCAACAGUUGGGGAAAUGGGGAAAGAAAAAAAACAAUCCUGCAAAAUAACAAUCAGAUAUGUCUCUCUAACGGUUUGAAUCAGGCUUGAGAUAUUUUUAUGAAUUUCAUUGUGAGAAGGGCAUGCCUUUUCUUGCAUGUAUUUCACAAAAUGAGCUCUGUGUGUUUGCUAGCAUUACUUUUAUGUGAAAAUUACCAAGAUGAGAAUCCCUAGAGGUGGACAACUGCACAAACUGUCUUUGGACGGAAGCGUUAUUUAAAAUAAUUUAAAGCAAAUCCCACUGCCCAGCAUAAGCAAUUGCUGAAUCUCUGUACAAAUGCCACCAUUCACAUUGAUCUGAAUUAUUUCAAUAAAAUGGGAUUCUAGUAUUCCCAUCUGUCAGCUCACAGUAUGGGUUGUGUUCUGUAUCGAUCAUUAUGGGUUUGAUCUUCUUGUAAGCAUGCAAACAAAAGGUUGUCCUUGGCAGAUUCUCAAAUGUGAUGUGUUAGAAAGUCUAUCAUUGUGAAAUGUGAGCGAAAAGGCCAUUGGCCAUAUAUAGAGGCUCUUGAUGUAAUGAAGAAAAACCUUGGGUAGCAUCCACAGGCCUUGUUUAUGAAGGCACACAUUGUUUUGUGGCCUUUUAGGGUGAUUGUUUGAGCUAUUGAGUAGUUCUCUAAAAGCUCCAUGUACUAUUUAGGGUACAUCUGAAGUGCCCUGUCCAGAAAUAAAAGGCUUUCAUUAUCUAGGUGAACAAUGACUGAUGUGCAUGGAGUAAUUAACAAUGUCAGAGAAAAGAGAGCUUCAGACUAAUUGAUAUUGUUGAUUGAUUGUUUCUGGUUAAAUGAAACGUACUGACCAUCUCACAUGAUUAAUAUGGUGCCUUCCUGCAUGUUUAACAUUUAAUGGGAUAGUUCACCCCAAAAAAUAAAUAAAUAAAUAAGUUUUCAAAAAAAGUCCAUACAAUGAAAGUCAAUGGGGUCCAAACAACAAUGUUUAGACGCCAUCGACUUUCAUUGCAUGGACAAAAACAGUUGAAACAUCAUUCAAAAUAUCUUCUUUUGUGUUUAACACAUGAAAGGCAGUCAAACAUGUUUGGAAUUAUGUGAGAGUGAAUAAAUCAUGCCAGAAUUUUUUUAUGAACUGUCCCUUUAAGUAACCAAGUGUUAUGGCCAGAUCUCAGUAGAGCCCUUCUUAUCAUACAGUUUGUACAUUAAUUGAAUAGGCCAAAUUACCUUACAGAGGUUAUUAAAAAACAGAGAGAAAAAAAAACUUAUUGCAUUGCAGAAAUAUGAAUCUGAAAUGUGGUACUUAUCAUUGUACACCAGUGUACUCCAGUGUUAGCGAUUACAAAUCCAGUCUUCAGUUUUGAUCAACCAUAAUCCGUAACAUGUCAGGGACAAUGAAAUCUGUACAAAGGAAAGUAGAAUUGUAUAUAAGCACAAUGAGGUCCCUGUGCAGGCACUAGAAUAGUCUAUAUCUUGGAUUUGACAUAAACCUAGUUGGGACCUUUGGGUUGAUUAUUACUGUGUAUAGAUUUGCAUGUGAUGACAAAUUCAUGUUUAGCAGAUCCAAAAUGAAGCACCAAAUGACAGAUAUUUUUAGACUCUGAGAAUGAAAAGAAAUAGACUUAGUACUAAAAUAUUGUAAAGUAUUUUAAGGAGUCUGAUAUUUUAGAAGUUCUGCUUUGCUGACUUGAUGAGAUUUUUUGCCAUUUUCCAUGGACACAAAGGAUUAUUUCUAUUGCUGACUAUAUUUCGAUGAAAGAGAAAAUAUAUUUAUGUGCAAAGAAAAAACCUGUAAAAGAAAAAACAUCUGUAAAAACCUGCUUGAUUAAUUACUCAGUCAAAAAAAAAAAAAAAACUAAAAAGAGAGAGUGAGGCGAGCUUUCUGAAUGUUUGUUUUGUUUACCUGGAUCUCUUUGUUCUAGAUCUACUGAGCCUUGAGGGACCAACCAGUCUAAAUGUUUAUUUUCAUGUUAUGUUUUUCCAACUAGUCAAUAAAGAAUGAUGCAUUACGA